AUGGUGAAAUCAUACUUCAAAUUCGAGCAUUCGAAUACGUUCGGGCUCGUCGCUUCGGCAUCCUCGAAUGCGAUCUGGGCCAAAGAGGAACAGACCGGUGCUGCACGCCAGACAGGCACCGGGCGGGCCAUUGUCGGCGCCAGUGAGGAAGUUCUCUGUUGGGAUGUGAAGAAGGGAGAACUUUUGGGAAGAUGGCGCGAUUCUGCUUGCAGAGCGCAGGUUAGUGUGGUCACGCAGAGCAAGACCGAUGAGGAUAUCUUCGCAGUCGGCUACGACGACGGAAGCAUUCGUCUCUGGGAUUCGCGAACCUCUACCGUUCUCAUUUCUUUCAACGGUCACAAAUCCGCCAUUACACAGCUGGUCUUCGACAAUGCAGGUGUGCGCCUCGCCAGUGGUUCUAAGGAUACGGACAUCAUAGUUUGGGAUCUGAUCACUGAGACCGGUCUUUUCAAGCUCCGUGGACAUACGGAUCAGAUCACCUCGCUGCACUUCUUGUUCCCUUCGGCGGAACUGCUCACUGCUUCCGGCAUGGGUGACCAUGCGGGUUUCUUGUUGACCACCGGCAAGGAUGCGUUGAUCAAGGUGUGGGAUUUGGCCUCGCAGCACUGCAUCGAGACACAUGUGGCACAAUCGAACGGCGAGUGCUGGAGCUUGGGCCUUUCGCCUGAUCAGGGCGGUUGUAUCACAGCCGGCAAUGACGGUGAAUUGAAAGUCUGGUCGAUCGAUGAGGCGGCUAUGGUGGAGAUCUCCAAGGAAAAGGUUGGCGUGGACGGUCGCAGAAUCCUCUCUGACCGAGGAACCUUCUACCGAAACGGCAAGGACCGCACCAUCGGCAUUCGCUUCCACCCCCGCUCAGACUACAUUGGAAUUCACGGCUCCGAGAAGUCGGUUGAAGUCUGGCGAAUCCGUUCCCAGUCAGAGGUGCAAAAGAGCAUGGCACGGAAGAAGAAGAGAAGAAAGGAGAAGGACACACAAAAGGCCGAGGAGAAUGGCGCAGAGCAGGAGGCUGACAAGGCUGAUGAUGUUGCCAAUGCUCCUGUGUCCGAGGUCUUUGUUCCCCACGUUAUUGUGCGGACUGGUGGAAAGGUUCGCUCUUUCGACUGGAUGCUCAACAAAUCGAACGGUUUGAACCUUCUGGCCGCUACGACGAAUAACCAGCUUGAGGCAUACAAUGUUGUGCCGGCAAACAAGAAGAACACCGACAGCGAAGACACCGACUACUCUCGGAGUCUGGCCGUUGAUAUUCCCGGUCACAGAACCGAUAUUCGCUCAAUCGCAUUGAGCUCCGACGACCGCAUGCUUGCUUCUGCCUCAAACGGCAGCCUCAAGAUUUGGAACGUCCAAACAGAGAGCUGUCUACGAACUCUUGAGUGUGGAUACUCCCUGUGCUCUGCUUUCCUUCCUGGUGACAAGAUCGUGGUUGUCGGCAACAAGAACGGAGAACUUGAGGUAUUCGAUAUCGCAUCCUCGACAUUGCUGGAUACUAUUAAGGCACACGAGGGACCUGUUUGGUCACUUCAUGUACACCCCGAUGGAAAGUCGAUGGUCAGUGGAAGUGCGGACAAGACUGCCAAGUUCUGGGAAUUCAAGGUGGUUCAGGAGGAAAUUCCUGGAACCAAGCGCACCACCCCCCGUCUGAAGUUGUCACACACAAGAACCUUGAAGGUGAAUGAUGAUAUCCUCAAUCUUCGCUUCUCUCCCGAUGCUCGUCUUUUGGCAGUUUCUCUGCUGGACAACACCGUGAAGGUCUUCUUCGUCGACUCGUUGAAGCUCUUCCUCAAUCUCUAUGGACAUAAACUUCCUGUUCUGAGCAUGGACAUUUCUUACGAUACCAAGCUAAUUGUGACCUGCUCUGCUGAUAAGACAGUCCGACUCUGGGGUCUGGACUUUGGUGAUUGCCACAAGGCCUUCUUGGCUCACGAAGACAGCAUCAUGUCAGUCGCCUUUGUUCCCCACAACAAGGACGGGAACGGUCACAACUUCUUCAGUGCUAGCAAGGAUCGACAGAUCAAGUACUGGGACGGUGACAAGUUCGAGCAGAUUCAGCGUCUUGUUGGUCACCACGGCGAGAUCUGGGCUCUCGCUAUGAGUCGCUCUGGUGAAUUCAUCGUCAGUGCCAGCCACGAUAAGAGUCUUCGCAUCUGGCAACAAACAGAUGAGCCACUCUUCCUGGAGGAAGAACGCGAGAAGGAAAUGGAAGAGCAAUACGACAGCACACUCACCGCAUCUCUCGAGCAAGACGAGGACGGUGAAGAUGGUGAGAAGCCCGAGGCCGUCGACGCUGGAAAGCAAACAACCGGUACCCUCAUGGCCGGAGAAAAGAUCAUGGAAGCUCUGGAGCUCGGUAUCGAAGAUCUCGAAGUAGUGCGCGAAUGGCGCCUAGUCAAGGCCGCCAACCCCAACGCCGCCGCCCCAGACCGCAACCCAGUCUACCUAGCCUUGAACAACGUCUCCGCCGAACAGCACGUCCUAAACACAGUGCAAAAGAUCCCCGCCGCCGCACUCCAAGAUGCCCUCCUGGUCCUCCCCUUCUCCGCCCUCUCCAACCUCUUCACCUUCCUCAACAUCUUCGCCGACCGCGAAUGGAACGUCCCCCUCACCUGCCGCGUACUUUUCUUCAUCCUGAAGACCCACCAUCGCCAGAUCGUAGCAAGCAAGAUGAUGCGUCCAAUGCUGGACAGCAUCCGAGUGUCGCUGCGUCGGGUCCUCGCCCGCCAAAAGGACGAGAUGGGCUUCAACCUAUCCGCGCUUCAAUUCAUCGGAAACCAGAUCCGCGAUCAAGGCACAUCGGACUACAUUGAUGAAGAGACUUGGGAGGAGCAGCAAACGAGAAAGGGAACCGGCAAGAAGCGCCAGUUUGUUAGCGUUGCCUAG